CGGGUUUGUGCGAGACUUUACACGUUAGAAAGACACGUUUUCGCGUCAUAAUGAGCUUCAGCAGCCCAUUGUUCAGUGUUUGGUUUAAUGAAGGGCUCGUUCACCGUUUCACAUCUGACUGGCCUCGUUUUCUGUGUGGAGAAGAAUGGCUGUUAAUGAAGGAAAGGAGGCUGCUCUGUCACUGGUGGAUGUAGCCGAGGAUGAGGAGCUUCGUGAAGCUCUUGCAGUUCUGGCUGGCAGUGACCCCAACCAGUGCUCCUACCUGCAGGGGUAUGUGAAGAGACAGGCUGUGUUUGCCUGCAGUACUUGCACAAGUGAAGGCAUGGAGCCAACUGGAGUUUGCCUCGCCUGUGCUAACCACUGUCAUGAUGGCCAUGACAUCUUUGAACUGUAUACGAAAAGGAACUUUCGCUGUGAUUGUGGGAAUAGAAAAUUUGGCUCAUUUAAGUGCAAACUCAGUCCUGAAAAAGAUGGUCAGAACUCCAAAAACCUUUAUAACCACAAUUACUUUGGACGUUACUGCUCAUGUGACAGACCUUACCCUGAUGAUGAUGAUCAGGUUGGUGAAGAAAUGAUUCAGUGUAUUCUGUGUGAAGACUGGUACCACUCAAAGCACCUGGGCUGUGCAGUAGUAGACUCAGAGGAGUUGCUGGAGAUGGUAUGUGAGAGCUGUAUGAACAGAGCUCCUUUGCUGUGGACCUAUGCUGCUUACUUUGCAACUUCACCAGUAACCAGUAAAGAGGAUGAAGAUGUGACUGUGGUGGGUGAUGAAGAAGAGAAGGAAACACUGAAGGAAACACUGCAUCCAUACAGGAAUGGGCAUGAUGUACCUUCCACGAGUCAAGGCUGUCAAAAGGAGCAGCCCACUCUUAAUGGGACUAGAGCCAUAAGCCACAAGAGGACUCAUGAGGAGAUGGAGAGCACUUCAUCAGCAUGCGAAUCUGAAAAUUCACCAUGUAAAUUAAAGGAGCUUAAGGCCAAAGGCUUGGUGAGACCCAGGGUUGGGGCAGUGUUCUGGCCUUACUGCUGGCGGUCCAAGCUUUGCACUUGCACAAGCUGCAAGAGAGUGUAUGUGGAGGCAGGUGUUCAGUUCCUGCUGGAUGAGUCAGACACUGUACUUGCGUAUGAGAACAGGGGCAAAGCACUGCUGAGGGAAGACUUGCUCAUGUCCUGCCUUAACUCUCUGGACCGUGUGCAGCAACUGGAGAUCAUUUACCAGUACAAUGACAUGAAGGCUGAGCUACAUGCCUUCCUACGGGAAUUUGCAGACCAGGGGAAGGAGGUGACCCCUGAAGCUAUUCGCACCUUUUUCGAAGAGCUUCAGGCAAGGAAAAGGAGACGGUCCAGCACUGGGCAGUACUACUGCAGCUGAGCUGGUAUGGAUCAAGCCGUUGUUGCAUUCCUCAUCCUGGAAAAGCUACACUUUCUCUCAAAGUGUUUUAGAAACCCUGUUUGGAAUAAAGCUGCAAAUUCAAAAGGA